GGAAGCGCCGGCGGAGCGUGCCCGCAUGGAGCGCGAGCCGUGCGCCGCCUCGGAGGCCGACCCCGCCGCGCCCGCGCUCUUCGCUUGGGGUGCAAAUAGCUAUGGCCAACUUGGCCUUGGCCAUAAGGAAGAUGUGCUUUUGCCCCAGCAACUGAAUGACUUCUGUAAACCUGAGUGUGUCAGGAGGAUCACAGGAGGAGGGGGCCACUCUGCAAUUGUCACAGAUGGAGGAGGCCUUUUUGUUUGUGGCCUGAACAAAGAUGGGCAGUUGGGACUUGGUCACACAGAGGAUGUUCUGUAUUUUACCCUCUGCAAAUCCCUUCUUGGAUGUCCUAUCCAACAGGUGGCCUGUGGCUGGGACUUUACUAUUAUACUCACAGAAAAUGGUCAAGUUCUAUCAUGUGGAUCCAAUUCCUUUGGCCAGUUAGGAGUCCCUCAUGGGCCUCGAAGAUGUGUGGUUCCCCAGGCCAUAGAGCUCCUGAGGGAAAAGAUUGUUUGUGUUGCUGCUGGACUGAGGCAUGCGUUAGCUGCUACAGUGAGUGGCAUCGUGUUCCAGUGGGGGACUGGUUUGGCAUCAUCUGGACGAUGGUCAUCCCUCAGGCAGACUCUCCCAUUAUUUUUGACAGCAAAGGAACCAAGCAGAGUUACAGGCCUAGAGAAUUCUAAAGCAAUAUGUGUUCUUGCUGGCUCAGACCACUCAGCUUCAUUAACAGAUGCAGGAGAGCUGUAUGUUUGGGGAAGUAACAAGCAUGGGCAACUGGCUGCUCAGGCUGCUUUUCUUCCUGUGCCCCAGAAAAUAGAAGCACAUUGCUUUCAGAAUGAGAAGGUCACUGCCAUCUGGAGUGGGUGGACACACCUGGUUGCUCAGACAGAAACCGGCAAGGUGUUCACCUGGGGCCGAGCAGACUAUGGUCAACUAGGGAGGAAAUUGGAGUCUCAUGAUAGCUGGAAACUAGAAAAACAAGAUUCAUCCUUCCCUUGCUCGAGACCACAGAACAGCCCACCUUCAUCUCUGCAUUGCCUUACAGGAGCAACUGAGAUGCUGCCCCAUCUUCUGUUUUUAUUUUCUGAGAAUAUGAAAAUAUGGAAUGGUGGGAAAAAUAUAGCACACCAAACUCCUGUCCUACUCCAUGGGUAAUAGAGUUGCCAUCUUAAAGGGGUAUUCCAGAAUGUAAUAUUUACUCUUUCAGCAUUGUCACAUUUGUUAUGCUCUGUCAUAUAACUGUUUACUGUUCAACGAUAGCACGUCUGCAGCCAAGCAAAGGAAGACCAAGAAAUUAGGUAGAAAUAGAUUGUCUUUCCUAAAUACACAUUUUUUUGUUGUUGUAGAUGGGCACAAUACCUUUAUUUUAUUUAUUUAUGUGGUGCUGAGGAUUGAACCCAGUGCUCAUGCAAGCAAGACAAGCACUCUACUGCUGAGCCACAACCCCAGCCCUAAAUACCCAUUUCUUCUAUCACUUCAGCCUCUUUUGUUCCCUGCAGAAUAUCUCUGCUGUCUUCUCUGGUGAGCUUUAUGGAUGAUUGCAACUUUGUGUAUCUACUUAGCAUGAGAUGCUGUUUGCCAUUUUUUUCCUUCAUAGAACUUCAAUUCUAUGUUACUUCAUAUGCCUAUAUAUUCCUAUAAUGUUCUGUCUUUCUCUGUUUGCCCACUGUCAAUUAGACCUUACUCCCAUGUGUAAACUUUCUAUUUCCUCAUGUCUUUGUCAUUGGGAAUUUAAUGACUAAUAUAUCCUUAAUUCAGGGUAAAGAUAACCAUAGUAGGUGUAAGAGUAUGGACUCCCUCCUACUAUCAGAUGCCAGAGUCCCUGGAAGGUUACGAGAUUCUGUAAUGUAACACAUUGAAUUGGAAGUCUGGACAGUUGGGUUCUUGCCUUGGUUUGUGAGCAACUUUCUGCUUAGCCUUCAACAGGUCACUUUUCUUCUUUGGGUCGCAUUUUUCCUUUGUCAGGAUAGGUGCUUGUAGGGAGGGUUACAGGUAUGAGUUAAGGUGCCUGUACUGUAUUGUAACCAAGCCUAAUCUUUACCCAGGUACACUGCCUUUUAAAACAGUGGAUCAAAGCAAUGGUGGAACAAACAAAAACUGUCUGAGGGUUUUUUAUAAUUUCAUUUUUACUUUUUUCUCUCUGGUAAGUGUAGGACUACAGCUACAGAGUGAAGCCUUAGAACGAGUUUUGGUCUUCAGGGAAGAAAACUUGAACCAUGAGCAUAGUACCCCAGAGCCAGUAGCAGAGGUCCUAGCAACAUGUUUUCUGGGCAGAAGGGCCUUUGCCACUUUGGGUGUUGGAAGCUGGUAAGGGCAUAGUGGCCUUUGAGUACUAGGGUUUGUCCCCAGAGAAUCUCUCUUUCUUGACGACUUACUAUUUGCUUUACCCCUGAUAGUGCAUGUCAAUGAGCAUCAGGACCCCAGGUGGGAAGGAUGGGGCCAAUCCAGUACAGUCUUGUCAAAAACGCAGACAUAUCCUGUGGGCAGAGAGAUUCACAGAGGCUCUAGAAUCCAAGGUUCCUAAAGUCUAACCUAAUCAGGGCCCAUAUGGUCACCCAGUACUGGCUUGAACCCUCUUUCUAGGGAUUAUGUUUUAGGACAAUAAUUACUAUUAGAAAGCUCUUUCUAUGUUGGUUAUCAUCACUACUUUGUGAGGUAGGUAGAAAAGGAAAUUUAAAAAAUAAUAAUUUUAAGUUUCUGAUUAUGAAAAUAAUGUAUGCUUAUUAUAAAAUUAUAGGACAACAAAAUCAUCUGUAAUUUCAUAGCCUAGAAAAAACCACUGUAAUAUCCUAAUGUAUUUUUCCAUCUUUUUUCUGUAUGUAGUUGUUAAAAAAUUAUGAGGUAUUAUACAAAAUGUGUUUACCUCAUUUCCAGAUUUUCCACCUAUAGUAA